CUAACAGCGUUUCUUUUUGCUCCACGUGCAAACGGACCAAACAAUCUGGCAUGUUCUAUGGCGCGUGUUUUAUUUUGAAAACACAAACCGGAAGUGCGGUGGUUCUUAUUUGAAGAAGCUGGAAAACUGAGGGGAUGUAUGGGGACUCGAGGCCGCCAGAGAGGGCUCCGCUCCAAAGGAAGACCGUCACUGUAACAUUUGGGUGGAAGAUAUUCCGGCAGAACGUGUGGAGACGAAAAUGAAUGUCCACUUCGCGGACCGGGUCAUGUGGGUUCGGGGAAAUGUUCUUAUCGGCACGCGCCGGACAUCGGUAGCCAUCUGCCGGCUUGCUAACUGAGUCCUUCAAAAUCUCCGCUCCGAACCUGCAGAUUUUUUUCUCAUUUUUUUCGUGAUCUUUUGUAACAUCCGCAGCUGGAACGGCAGGUGGGUCAUGUCUGCUCUCGUGGAGGUUUAGUCCUCCGCGGUAAAUCUGACCGCUGGGAUCGAGCUAGCAUCCUCUGGAGUCGGGUGUCCGCGCGGCGCUCGCAGCAUCCAUCCACCGUCCGCUGCUGGAUCGGGUUCAAGCCUGUUCUGCUGCGCUGGAAUGCUAACGAACGAGGAAGUGGAUUUAUCAUGAGCGCCGACCGUUCCCCUCUCCGGAAUCUGUGAGACGCUGACGUUUCACGGAUGCCGAGCGGGAUGAGCGUCCGGAGCCAUGCCCUCGGCCGGCCGUGUUCGUCUCCAUCCUUGCGGAUGACGCUCGCACAGGGACCGGGCUUUCGGUGCAAGCAGCGGCGGAACGGGCAUUCCGUCGCCGGGUAGCGCCCAGAGGACUUGACAGGAGCCUGCUAGCGCUGAGCUAGGCGGCUAACGGCAUUAAAAACACAAAAAACUCUCAAGAAACAGCCGAGACCAAUGUUAUCCAAUAAGGUGUUGGUGGCAAUAAUUCUCCUGAACGUGUACAUAGGGGUGCAGGCGGGGUUCUACUUAUUCGGCGGCGUCCUCCUAACGGUCCUGUUUGCGAUGGCAUUCCUGAACGGACCCCAGCUGCUGGACUGGUCGAACUCUCCUCCGCACCUCCAGUUCAACAGAUACGUGCUGACGGGAUACCGGCCCAUCUCGUCGAUGCAGGACUGCAUCCGGAGCCUGUUCUACCUGCACAAUGAGCUGGGGAACAUCUACACUCACGGCAUCCCUCUGGUUUGCUUCCUGGUGCUUCUGCCUCUCAACAUCCCCUGGUCUCAAAUCAGCGUCACCUGGCUGGGGGUGGUGCACUUCCUGGCCUGCCUGUCCCCCCAGCUGGGCUCCGUGCUCUAUCACCUCUUCAUGAACCACGAGGGAGGGGAGCCGGUCUACCACACCCUCCUGAAGCUGGACGUGUGCGGGAUCUGCAUGAUCAACACGCUGGGGGCCCUCCCCAUCGUCUACAGCACGCUGCUGUGCUACCCCUUCAUCCGCACCGUGGCGCUGCUCGUCUACAUCCUCCUGUCCAGCCACGCCAUCUACUGCGCCGUCACCGCGCGGAGCAGCGUGCGGCGGCUGCGCUCCUUCGCCUGGCAGGCGCUGUUCCGCUUCUCCUUCUUCCUGCUCCGCUGGGUGGGCGUCGGCGGCGGCAGCCCCACCUCGCUCCGCCACUUCCUCACCAUGGACACGCUGGCCGUGCUGGGCGGGGUCAUCAACAUCGCCCGCAUCCCGGAGCGCUUCCGACCGGGACUCUUUGACUACUGGUGCAACAGCCACCAGAUCAUGCACGUACUGGUGGUGGGCUCCAUCCUCUACCUGCACUGGGGGGUCCUGGACGACCUGCUGUGGAUCAACAGCUACAACUGUCCCUCCGACUGACCCCCACCCUCCAGCCCCCGCCCACGGGCGAGGAACAGAGGACCUCC